CUGAGCUGAUCCCACGUGUGACGCUUGCAUUCCCGGCUCAGUAAAAUUCUCUUUAGCGUGCUUCGGUUUAGCGUUGUGCCGCCUGUCUUCGUUAGUUACUGGCUAUAGUUGGGUGAGCUAUGGAGGGAGACGGGAGCCAAGCCACAUCUGGAGGAAGUCCUAAUGAUUCUCAACACGACCCGGGUAAAAUGUUUAUCGGUGGUCUCAGCUGGCAAACUUCACCAGACAGCCUUAGAGACUAUUUUACUAAAUUCGGGGAAAUCAGAGAAUGUAUGGUGAUGAGAGAUCCAACGACAAAACGCUCCAGGGGCUUUGGAUUCGUUACUUACGUAGAUGCUGCCAGUGUAGAUAACGUCUUAGCUCAGCCACAUCACGAAUUAGACUCAAAAACGAUCGAUCCUAAAGUUGCCUUCCCUAGACGUGCUCAACCCAAGAUGGUCACAAGAACAAAGAAAGUAUUCGUAGGAGGAUUAUCAGCGAACACAGUAGUUGAAGAUGUGAAGCUGUAUUUUGAACAGUUUGGCAAGGUAGAGGACGCCAUGCUUAUGUUUGACAAAACGACUAACAGACACAGAGGUUUCGGCUUUGUAACUUUUGAGGUUGAGGACGUUGUGGAGAAAGUAUGCGAGAUUCACUUUCAUGAAAUCAAUAAUAAAAUGGUAGAAUGCAAGAAGGCCCAGCCCAAGGAGGUGAUGUUCCCUCCAGGUACGCGAGGCAGGGCCAGGGGCCUGCCCUACACCAUGGAUGCCUUCAUGCUGGGGAUGGGCAUGCUGAGUUACCCAAACAUUGUAGCAACGUACGGCCGUGGAUACACUGGUUUUGCCCCGAGUUACAGCUACCAAUUCCCUGGCUUCCCAGCGACGGCGUACGGACCGGUGGCAGCGGCGGCAGUGGCGGCAGUGCGUGGCUCAGGUAGGGGGGCCCGUGGAAGAGGUGGCUACAUGGCAUACCAGCAGAACGCAGGGGCAGGGUUCCCAGAUUAUGGGUUCUAUUCCGGGGCCGGGCCCAGUGACCUGCGGGGCCCCCCCUGCUCCUUUGCCGACUAUGGCUCCCUGGGGCCCCAGGCUGCUCAGAUGCUGCAGCACAGUGAGCAUCAUGCCACCUCCGCCUGCAACUCCCCCCUCCAGCACCACCUGCAGCACAGCCCGGACCCCUUUAAGAGCCCAGGCACCAACCAGGCCCGGCCCGGAGCCUUCCCUGGCACCAACAGUCCCGGGCCCGUGGCUGACCUCUAUGGCACUACAAGCCAGGACUCCGGCGUGGGCAACUACAUUAGUGCUGCUAGCCCCCAGCCUGGCUCUGGCUUCGGCCACAGCAUUGCUGGCCCCUUGAUUGCAACCGCUUUUACAAAUGGAUACCAUUGAAACCUGUGGUGGUUGGUUGCCAUCUCAUUCGAGCAGAGUAUUUCAGGAGGCCCGGGGAAGACCGGGCGGAGUUUUUAACUGGCUAUGUGAACAGGUGAUGCCAUCCAACGCCAAGCACUACAGCAUCAACCCACAGGAGGAGAGUGGAGGCGGCACCACGUGAAGAAGAACUGAAGAAAAUGUCAAAAUCAUCUCAGAAAAAGAAACUACAAUCUGCUGUACUAUAAUCCAAACCUGGUGUUCACAUCCAUAAUAUCCAACUGUAACCCAGUAACUUUGUGUAGGAUUCUAGUUGUUUUUACCUUUGAAUGUUCCUUAUUUUAAAUCGAUUUAGUUUAUUUUCUUUCUUUUCGACGUAGUCUUCAAAUUAAUAAGGAAGAUUCAUUAUAUUUUUUACUUAGGAUCAAAAAUAUACAAAUAUUGGAUACUAUCUUAAAUGAUUAACUAUUUAUGUAAACCAUUUAUUUAAAAAAAAUAGAUUGCUAUGUUGCUAUGGUUGUUUGUUUUCAUCCUUGGUAAUGGAAAUCAUUUCAGGUGUCAGUUUGCACAUACAGAGCAUUCGGAAAGUAUUCAGUCCACUUCACUUUUUGUUACAUUACAGCCUUAUUCUAAAAUGUAUUACAUUGUUUUUUCCCCUCAUCAAUCUAAACACAUUACCCCAUAAUGACAAAGCAA